CUACUACGCUGCUGCAGUAGCUGUCGUCCUUCCUAGACGAGCUAGCAAACAGCAGCCGGCCGGCCCCUUCCCUUUCCCAAACCGCCAAACGCGUCGUCUCCUCUCCUCGCCUCGGCAGCCACCGCAGGCGGAUGGACGCGCGCCGCGCCGGCCGCCCGAUUCCAACCCGCCCCGCCCAGCCGGGUGGGGAUGGACAGCGCCUGUCCAGUCAGCAGUUCAGCACCGCGCCCGUGCCCCGUCUGCCGCCCCGCUGCUUCCGCACGCCACCAGCUCCAUAUAUAGCGAGCGACCUGCAGCUGCAGCGCAGCCAGAGCUCCUCGCUCAUCAGCUCGCUUUCCGGCCCGCUCUAUAAGUAGAAGCAGAAGCAAGCUGGUGGUGGUGCAACGUAGGCGAGGCGAUUCAUUAUUGGUGGGCAGGUGAUCUGGUCUUGGCCCGGCGGAUCGAGGAGGAGGAGGACGACGACGAGGGGAACAAGAGCCAGAGCGAGCCAGAGCCAGGCGAGAGCAGCAUGCAGCGUGGGGAUCCGCUGGUGGUGGGGCGGGUGAUCGGCGACGUGGUGGACCCCUUCGUGCGCCGCGUGCCGCUGCGCGUGGCCUACACCGCGCGGGAGGUCUCCAACGGCUGCGAGCUCCGGCCCUCCGCCAUCGCCGAGCAGCCGCGCGUCGAGGUCGGCGGCCCCGACAUGCGCACCUUCUACACCCUGGUGAUGGUGGAUCCGGACGCGCCAAGCCCCAGCGAUCCCAACCUCAGGGAGUACUUGCACUGGCUGGUCACUGAUAUCCCGGCGACGACAGGAGUUUCUUUUGGGACUGAGAUUGUGUGCUACGAGAGCCCACGGCCGGUGCUCGGAAUCCACCGGCUGGUGUUUGUGCUCUUCCAACAGCUCGGCCGGCAGACGGUCUACGCCCCAGGGUGGCGGCAGAACUUCAGCACCCGCGACUACGCUGAGCUCUACAACCUCGGCCCGCCGGUCGCCGCCGUCUACUUCAAUUGCCAAAGGGAGUCCGGAACUGGUGGCAGGAGAAUGUGAACUCGUCGGGGGGUGAAAUAUGAUUGAUGAUUGAUAUGAUUGGGUAUAUUAUAUACAAAACUGUGACAACAUGGAGAAAAAUAACUGCGAGAUGGACUAUAUAUAUAUAUAUUGUCCAAUUAGUUGAUCAAUAUG